GUCGCCUCCGCUGGGCGCUGGGCCCGCCGCCCAGAGACGAGGCCGAGGCCAGGCUCGCUGGUCGCCGGGGCCAUGGAGCAGACCCGCGCGGCCGCCCGCCUGCGCACCGUGCUGGGACACCUCGGCCGACCCUCCGCCGGGGCCGCCAUAGCUCACCCCACCUCAGGAGCUGUUUCUCCUACCACUUCCCAUCCUCCACAAUUCCAGUAUACUCUGGAUAAUGAUGUUCUAAGCCUAGAACAGAGAAAAUUUUAUGAAGAAAAUGGGUUUCUCGUCAUUAAAAAUUUGGUCUCUGAUGCUGAUAUUACACGCUUUAGGAACCAGUUUGAAAGGAUCUGCAAAGAAAACGUGAAACCCCAGUGGAUGACAAUAAUGAGAGAUGUAGCCCUUGAAAAAUCAAAGUUUAUUCCAAGUGAAGAGUCGGUCACAAAAAUCCAGAAUUUCCAUGGGGAUGAAGAGCUUUUCAGAUACUGCACGCUCCCUGAGAUUUUGAAGUAUGUGGAGUGCUUCACUGGACCCAAUAUUAUGGCCGUGCAUACAAUGCUGAUAAACAAACCUCCAGAUUCUGGCAAAAAGACAACCCGUCACCCUUUGCACCAAGAUCUACACUAUUUCCCCUUCAGACCUGGUAAUAAGAUUGUUGCUGCAUGGACGGCCAUGGAGAAGGUGACCCGGGACAAUGGCUGCCUGUCUGUGCUCCCAGGCACACACAAAGGCAACCUGAAGCCACACGAUUAUCCCCAGUGGGAGGGGGGAGUUAACAUAAUGUACUAUGGGAUCCAAGACUAUGAUGAAAACAGUCCCCGAGUUCACCUUGAGAUGGAGAAGGGAGACACUGUUUUCUUUCAUCCUUUGCUCAUACAUGGAUCUGGUUUGAACAAAACUAAAGGGUACCGGAAGGUAAUUUCCUGCCAUUUCGCCAGUGCCGACUGCCACUACAUUGAUGUGAAAGGCACCAAUCAGGAAAAGUUUGAGAAGGAUCUCACACGCAUAAUGCAUAAAAAAUUAGGAAUUCCAGAAGAUAUCAGCCUGAAGGAUCUGUAUAAAUUCCACGUACAGCUGGUGAAAGGAGAGAGAACCAACCUUUGAAAUAGCCCUUUGCUAGAGCUCUUUGUGAGAAAAGCAAAAUUAAUCAAGGUGCCUAAGGAAAAUGUUUUACUAUGAGCUAUUGUAAUCUUUUCCAUUACUUGUUAACAAAAUCGCAUCAGGUACUUCGAGGCACAUGACUGAUCCUGCACACAGUGGUGUUGCUUUGAUGGAUGAAUGAACAGUAACAGGGACAUACUGCUGUUUUAAGGGGCACUAACUUAGGGUUGCAACUAAUAAAGGUGAUUGAUGCCUAA